CCCACACCGAGAUCAUUUAUUGAAGGGACCGACUGGUUUGCACUGAGGAAGCCCGCUGCAUAUUUCGCCGCAGCCCACCAUGAUGGGACCUGUCUACGGCGGCAGUAGCAGCAACAGUGGCAGUGGCAGUGGCCAGCCAGGCGAUAGACCCCAUGGCUACCCGUCCAGCGGGGAUGCUUCACACCAGAUGGGGAGAGAGAUGGCACGACAGAACAGUGGACAAGGUAGUGGGCAGGGCAGUGGACAAGGGAGCGGACAGGGCAGUGGAUAUGGAAGCCAACUUGGCCCACAUCCAGCAUCCCCCGCAUGGAGUGGUGGUGAUCGUGAAACCGACAACGAGUCCAAACGGAGCAACGAAUGGAACCGGUCAAGACCAAGGAAUGGUCAGGCAACUGGGCAGCGCAUGUGCAAGAAGUGUGGAGAGGCCCUGACUGGGCAAUUCGUGCGUGCUUUGGAUGGCACGUUCCACCUGGAUUGCUUCAGGUGUCGGUGGCCUCCAAAUUCUUCCCCGCCGAUGACGAAGAUGGUCAGGGGCAGUAUCCCCUAUGCGAGACAGACUACUUCCGUCGGCUCGGACUCUUGUGCCACCAGUGCGGAGGAGCUCUGAGAGGGUCCUAUAUCACAGCACUGGAGCGGAAGUACCAUGUCGACCACUUUACCUGCUCCCUAUGCCCAACCGUCUUUGGCGCCCAAGACAGCUACUAUGAGCACGACGGCCACGUCUACUGCCACUAUCACUACUCAACACAGUUCGCCCAACGGUGCAAUGGCUGCCAGACCUCCAUUCUGAAGCAGUUCGUUGAGAUCUUCCGCAAUGGUCAGAACCAACACUGGCAUCCUGAGUGCUAUAUGAUACACAAAUUCUGGAAUGUCCGGUUAAACCCCCCACAAGGCACUGCCAAGGAGGUGCAAGAUGACCCGGAGAGUCGUGAGGUUAUGAGGAAGCAAGAGGAAGGCAUGGAAGAGAAGGUCUACCGGAUCUGGAGCGUCCUGUCGACCUUUGAGGAAUCCUCGGCAGCCUGCAUCUCAGAUAUGCUUCUGCACGUGAGCAAUGGGGUCUAUCUCGACGGUGUCAUGGUAGCAAAGAAGUUCAUCUGGCAUGUCGAUAUCCUAUUCCAGUCGGCUGAUCGGUUGGAUGGGAACAUGACCGCACUGGAAAUGAAUCGUUUGUCCUAUGGGCGCGAGGCGAAGCUUCUUUGCAAGAAAAUUGUCGCCUUCUUCUCAUUAUUGUCCAAGGCCCAGGGCAAAGGCGCCCACAAACUCGGCGUCACCCAGGAGCUCCUGACCCUCGUCACCGGCCUCGCCCAUUAUCUCAAGCUCCUCAUCCGUAUAUGUCUUCAGGGAGCUCUCCGUAUCGAGAGGGAGCGCAACACUUCCGAUGGUCUUUACGAAUUCCUCCAUGGCCUCGAUGACCUUGAGGCGCUCAAGGGCGAGGACAACUCGACCACCACCGUCCAGCUCACAACCGGCAUGUCCCGAUUGUCGGCCAAUGACUCGGAUCAGUGUCUGCUCUGUCGGAAGCCCAUUGAGGACGAGUGUGUCAAGAGCGGGGAUAAGCGGUGGCAUGUUGCCUGCGCGAACUGCUCUCACUGCGGCAGGGAGCUCGGUCGGAAUCUCAGGGAUGCCCGAUUAAACCGUUACGAUUCCAAGGUCCUUUGCAACAAUUGCGAGCCACAGGGCUCGGACAAUGGCCCCACCUUCGAACGCGUCUCUAAGCUGCAGCAAUACAUGUUCUUACUCAGAGUAGCGCUGGCUCGGCUGCUGGAGAUCCUCCGCAUCAAUGGCACCCUCGCUCGCAGCUCCGAGGACCCGAACGCCAAUGGCCUCGACUCGGUUGAUGGCCAGGGGGCAUCGGGAGAGCCGCCGCAUCUACGGUCAGAGAACCGAUCCAAAUCCCACACCGCCGGCGAACGGGAACACCAUCGAGAAUCGUCGUACGAGAGCACGUUGAAUGAUGUUCGACGCUUAAGAAGCACUCGCUUGGAUAAGCACCUGUCCUCUAGCUUUAGGAAAGCGCGGACAUCCCGGAUAAUGGACGGGCCCGAAGGGAGUAGCGUGAGACCCGGGAGCGCGGACGGAGACGGGGGUCUGGCGGGCAAGCCGGGAUUCCAGAUCGUUGAAGAACGAGGCCCCAUCGACGAAGGUACAACGGACAUGAUGUUCGGCAACCAGGACGCCCUCACUCUAGAUGACAUCCCGCGCAUCGUCGCCGCCGAGCAAGCCAGGGAGCAGCGCCCCUAUCAGCCCGGCCGCCAAGAGCUGUUCCGGUCGCCCGCCACCGAGCCUGCUCUCGGUACAGAGCGUCAAAGGUCGCAUUCUUCUGGCAGAGAAGCCGACCCAAGGUUCCCCGGGGAGGCCCAACGAGGUCGGAGGUAUUUCUCGGAGCUCUCGGGCCUUGAAUACUUCAUCGUCCGGCAUCUCGCCGUCCUCACUAUGCACCCGCUAGUCGAGUCCGAGUUCAGCUUGGAGGAGCUUCUUGGAUUGAUCGAGACACGGAAGCCGCCCCCGUUCUGGAAGAACAUUGGCAAGGCGUUUAAGAAUGAUGGGAAGAAGAAUGUGAAGAAGAAGGGCGUAUUUGGCGUCCCGCUAGAGGCCAUAAUCGAGCGGGACGGCGCUGAAUCAACGGAUGGCGUCGGGCCUGGAACACUCAGGAUACCGGCGAUUGUCGACGACGUGGUCUCCACGAUGCGGAAGAUGGACCUUUCGGUUGAAGGCGUAUUCCGGAAGAACGGCAACAUCAAGAAACUGACAGAGCUCUGCGAGAAGAUUGACCGGGAAGGCGUGGCCGAUCUCAGCGGAAACCAUGUCGUCCAGCUUGCUGCUCUCCUAAAGCGCUACCUCAGGGACCUACCGGAUCCGUUGAUGACGCACAAGCUCUACCGGCUCUGGUUGGUCGCUGCAAAGAUUCCGGACGACGAAAAGAGGCGGUUUUGCCUCCACCUGGCCUGCUGCCUGCUGCCAAAGUGCCAUCGAGACCUCCUAGAGAUCGUCUUCUGCUUCCUAAAAUGGGCUGGAUCCUUCCACCAGGUCGACGACGAAGCGGGGUCCAAGAUGGACAUCAAGAAUCUUUCCACUGUCAUCGCGCCAAACGUCCUCUAUAGUAAUGCCAAGGCGGCGUCUCUUGAUAGCGAUCCCAUGUAUGCCAUCGAGGCCGUGGAGAUGCUGAUCACACACAUUGAAGUGAUGUGCCUGGUCCCUGAUAACUUGAUCGACUAUCUCAACGACCCCGCCCUCUUCAGCUCCAGUGGCGAGCCCACAACCAAGGAGAUCCUGAAGAGGUUCGGCGACCGCAAUAUGACCGGGGCCCAGCGCCAAGUGCCCGAGGCCAACGAGUUCGUCGGCAAACACGAGAAUCCAACCCGGCCGCCUCCUCGAAGAAUGGAAACAGAUCCAUCGGCGUGGCAGCACGAGAGCAGUGUGAGGCCCAUACAUGAACCUACCAUACCCUUCACCAAUGUCCCCAAAGGGUCCCCGCCUCCAAACUGGCGUAACGCCGAAGAAGGUCGUCAGUCUCCCUUUGCGAAGCAGCAGUUCGAUGCGCCUACGAAUUCCUCAGAUAAUGUGGACCGUAGCCAACAGCGUCGAGAAUGGCGGAACUCGGGCUGGGGAAGGCAGAAUAGCGGACUCGCAGCUGGGACCAUAUGAUGAAACCACCUUUCACGAACUCUGCGAGUUAGAUGCAUUUGCAAGCAUAGUUG